AUGACUCGCUCGGCCGGUAUUCUCACUCAACAACUCCAAGCUAACAACUGGACAGUUGUCCACACAGAAAUAGUCCCAGACGACAAACAAAAAAUCGCCAGCGUCGUCACAAAAUGGAGUGCGACAAACUGCCAGUUGAUAGUCAUUGCGGGCGGCACUGGUAUCUCGCCCAGCGACGUUACAGUCGAUGCCAUCGAGCCGUUAUUCAGCAAGCGGCUGCCGUCGCUGGCGGUGGCCAUGGUUACUGGGUCUCUGCGCAUCACGCCGAUGGCUGCACUGAGCCAAGUGACAGCCGGCGUAGUUGGUUGCUCGGUGGUCGUGGCUGUGCCUGGGAGUAAGAAGGGCAGUGUGGAAAUUUGCAGCAAAUCAUUAGUGUUCUCCCGCACGCUGUCGACACUGCGGCAGCCACACAGGGACCAGGCAUUUGCACGUGGAGCAGCCCAAGGAAAAAACACCAGGGUCCAGUGCGGAUGUAGCCGACCUGACGACGCCGACGAUAAUCAAGCCGAGACGAUUGGCGAUCAGGGUACAGUGGCUGGUAGGCCGCGCAAGAUGGUCAUUGGCAGUAUGCAGGCGCUGCCGCCAAGGGAUAUGCUUCUCAGCGAUGUGCGCCCGGGCAUGGAGCCGUGCCCGCGUACCGGGCAUCCAUCAUGGACGGCUACGCUGUUGUGGCUGCAGACGGACCGGGUGACUACAAACGCGAUGCCGCUGCGUAUGAAUACCGGCUCGAUAGUGCGCGUGGCUACAGGUGCGCCGGUACCCGAGGGUGCGGAUGCCGUGGUCAUGGUCGAGGACACACAGCUGCUGCAGGCCGACAAUCAGGGUGAAGAGCUCGUGGUGAGAAUCCUUGCAGGUGUCCAGCCUGGACAGUACAUCCGCCCUGUCGGCCAUGAUGUGUCACAGGGGGCGGUUUUACUCAAAUCUGGGACUGUCGUGUCGCCUGUGGGCGGCGAGAUCGGCACCAUGGCAGUAUCUGGGAACCGCACCUUCAGCGUGCAUACGGUGCCGCGCAUUGCCGUCAUGUCCACAGGCGACGAGCUGUCGGAAUCUCCUGGUGAGCUGGGCCAUGGUCAUGUGCGCGACAGCAACCGCCCGCAUUGCUCUGCGCCCUGCGCGCGCUGGGGGUCGACGCUGUGGAUGCUGGCGUGGUCCAUGAUGAUCCCGCACUGCUGGCGCGCAAAAUUGCUGAGACCCUUGAGGACUGCCAUGCGCGACUGGGUCAAACCCGUCGUGGAGCAGCAUCUGAAGGGCCGCAUACUUUUUGGUCGCGUGGCUAUGAAACCUGCCAAACCGUCGACGUUUGCCGUGCUGCCUGGUGGCAAGUUUAUCUUUGCCCUGCCGGGUAAUCCCGCAUCAGCAAUGGUUGCCUUCCAUGUGUUUUCUGCGCCGGCAUUGCGCAAACUCUCUGGUCACCAGAAAUAUGAUGGAGCGCGGUUACGGCCGUGUUUUGUGUUUGUCCGCGGGCGGCUGGCGUGGAGCUCUGGCCGGGAUAAGUGGCUAGUGUACGUGACGGAUGCUCAUCAGCAGAGCAGCAGGAUGCCCAGUAUGCUGAACACUAAUGCACUGGCGUGUGCGGGCGACCAGGUCAAUGUCAUCGUCAUUGCACCACCGGCCUUUGAAUAG